UACUACUGCUAGUACUACCGCUGAUAUACUACCGCUGAUAUACUACCGCUGCUGCUAGUGUUACCGCUGAUAGUACUACCGCUGCUGCUGCUAGUGCUACCGCUGCUAGUACUACCGCUGCUACUACUACCGCUGCUGCUAGUGCUACCGCUGAUAUACUACUGCUAGUACUACCGCUGAUAUACUACCGCUGAUAUACUACCGCUGCUGCUGCUAGUGCUACCGCUGAUAGUACUACCGCUGAUAUACUUCCGCUGCUAGUGCUACCGCUGAUAGUACUACCGCUGAUAGUACUACCGCUGAUAGUACUACCGCUGAUAGUACUACUGCUGCUACUACUACCGUUGCUGCUGCUAGUACCACCGCUGCUACUACUACCGCUGCUGCUGCUAGUACUACCGCUGCUAGUACCACCACCGCUGCUACUACUACCGCUGCUAGUGCUACCGCUGUUGCUGGAGCUAUGAAGUGGCAGGCCGUGCUGGUGUUGCUGGCCGUGGUGCUGGUGUACCUGGUGGCAGGCGCUCUGGUCUUCCAAGCCCUGGAGCAGCCGUUUGAGAUGAGCCAACGCUCGUCCAUGAACGCCGAGAGGGUGGACUUCCUCGUCAAGCACGAGUGCGUGAGCCGGCACGAGAUGAUGUCCCUCAUCCAGCACGUGAAAGAUGCCAUCAGUGCCGGGGUGGACCCUCUCGCCAACAACACGAACCACAGCAGCAGCCUGUGGGAUUUAGGAAGCGCCUUCUUCUUCGCCGGGACGGUGCUCACCACGAUAGGCUACGGCAACGUCUCGCCCAGCACGGACUGGGGCCGCAUCUUCUGCACGGCGUACGCGCUCGUGGGCAUCCCCAUCUUCGGCUUCCUCCUCGCGGGUGUCGGCGACCAGCUGGGGACUAUCUUCGGCAAGGCCAUCGGUCGCGUCGAGAAGGUCUUCAUGAAGUGGCACGUGAGCGCCACGUGGAUCCGGGUGAUCUCCACGAUCAUCUUCAUCAUGAUGGGCUGCGGCCUCUUCGUGGUGCUGCCCACCAUCAUUUUCAUGCACAUCGAGCUGUGGACGCCGUUGGAGGCCAUCUACUUCGUGGUCAUCACGCUCACCACCAUCGGUUUCGGAGACUACGUGGCAGGCGGCAACCGCGACAUCGUGUACCGCGAGUGGUACAAGCCGCUCGUGUGGUUCUGGAUCCUCCUGGGCAUGGCCUACUUUGCCGCUAUCCUCAGCAUGAUCGGGGACUGGCUGCGCAAGCUGUCGGAGAAGACGCGCAACGAGAUGGGCGGCAUCACGGCGCAUGCCUCCCAGUGGACGGCCGAUUUCAAGGAGUCGGGAAGCCGCUUCACGGGCGGCAUUCACGACAAGCUGAAGGCGGCCAGCACCGCGCUGCCUGGCCAGCGAAUGCCGGGCUCCUUCAAGCGCAAGCCGAAUGGCGCCGGCGCCGCGGACGGCGAUCAGCCCGAUCAGCUCAGUGGCGGCGAACAGUUUGGCGGCGAGGGCGCCACUUCUCCUCCUCCUCCUCCUCACCCGCCUUUUCCAAAUGAGAACGGCCUGCCGGACGACACGGCCCAAGCUGUCACGGGCCCGGCGUUCCGGCCCGGCUGGCAGAGUCCAGACUCGCCGGACGACGCCGGUGCAAAAAUGCUCACCAAGGCGCUCGGCCGGAAGACGUCGACUAAGAACCCGGCGGCUCACGUCGGCAACGAUGCCGUGGAGCGAGAGUCGCCCGUGCGCAAGCCACCGUUCGCGCUUCCCGAGCCGGACCUGGACGACGCAACGCAGACCCCGGCGCUCGAGAGGGCCACCCGGAAGGGGACGCGGGUCAGGGCCGGCUUUGCGGACGACGAGAAGGAACCGAGAGCCACGGCUGUGUGAAAUGUACUUUGUAGACAGCGGCGUGUGUGUUCGCUGUCACUCACUCCCUCUUAUUUUCCACUGCACACCCAAACAGGCGACGCGGCCGUGCCAGGCCACGGGCUGGCUGGGGAGCGGCCAGGUUUGUUUUCCACUGCAGAAGCUGAGCCGUGCCACUGUCAUUACACGCGGUUAUUGAGUCGAGACGAUAUGUGGAUGACGCGGCGAUGCUGCAAUUGAGCCCCUACUGAUUGACGUCGCACGCGAUGAAUGCGUCAUUAUCUCUGGCCCUGCUUGGGCCCGGGCCAGAUUCGUGUCUUGCGAGGCCAGCGAAUGUCACGAUUUGAUUCCGGCUCGGCACGCCAAAUAACCGGUGGACGAACAGUAAACCACGCGUACAAUCAGGGCACCGCGGCCGCCACGGCUCGCACGUGCCAGUGGGGAAAAAUGGGUACGAGUGACGUGAUUUAUUAAGAGUGAGUGGUGUCUCUUUGAGGCCGAGUGCGACGCAUGCUGGCGCAUUGCAUGGUGCCCAUUACGACGUGGUGCUUGCUGCGACGGCCAAGCGCGGCUCCGCUACCUUUCCGAGAGGUGCGCAAACCCUUCCGGACAGCCGCUGUGCGCAAGUUUUGCGCCUCGGUUUUGACCUUCCUGCGAAGGUCAAACUUUGUUUACUCAUUUCAAGAAGUUAGGAAGUGAUCGUUGCACCGCACGGACCUGUUCGUCAGCUGGGUGCUGAUGGUGAAUGAUGGAGGAACUGCGGUUUUCAGUCGCAGUUUUCAGUUGUCCCUUGAAAAAGAGAUGCAUUCCCAAUUGCCUCCCAAAUUGGUUUCAAAAUACAUUGCUCGAUGUAAGGUGCUUUGUUCCAAGUAUUAUCUGGGGUAAUGGGAGGGAGAGGAUAGCCUGGAUAAUGGCAAAAACACGAAAUAAUGCAAAACAUUUGAUAGUUAGGCUGUAAAAAAAAUUGUUGUUUAUCGACG